UCCACUGACCUUUGCAGCCGGAAUAUUACCACCAGGACCGGGGUACAGCUGCAGGAGCGGCCCGUUAGACGGCAGGACAAGUGUUCGGGUCACCCACUCUGACAGAAUGAGCUCGAAGGGAGGCGGCACCGCUCUGACCCGACGCAACUACAGACUGGCGUCAGACACCGACAAACCCAGAUCCACAGGUAGGUGGACACAGCGGUGGAGCAAUAAACUGAACAAAAGUAGGAUGAAGAUGCACUCGUUUCUCUCUUUUUAUGUCACACCUGCGUUGUGUUUUGUCGGCAGGAAGCCUCUGGGUUUCCAGGAUCUGAGCGCUCACCUGGAGAGGCUUCUGACUGAGGGGGAACCUGAGGACAGCACAGAUCAGACUGAAGGACGUUUGGGUCCUCAACCUGUCGUCCUCGAUCACACCAGCGGCUUUGAAGGACUUCUGUUUGUAGACGACGACCUGCUCGGGGUGAUCGGUCACAGCAACUUCAGCUCCAUCAGAGCAACAACAUGUGUUUAUAAAGGAAAAUGGGCCUACGAGGUUCUGAUCUCAUCCCAGGGCCUGAUGCAGAUCGGCUGGUGUACCCUCAACUGUCGCUUCAACCAGGAGGAAGGAGUCGGCGACACUCCAGACUCGUACGCUUACGAUGGAAACAGAGUGAGGAAGUGGAACGUGACAACGACCAACUAUGGAAAGUCGUGGGCAGCCGGAGACAUCGUGAGCUGCCUGAUCGACCUGGACGAAGGAACCAUCACAUUCUGCCUGAACGGUCAGUCUCUGGGGACGGCGUUCACCAGCAUCAAGACGGGUCCAGGAGUCGCCUACUUUCCUGCCAUCAGUCUGUCCUUCAAAGAGUCGGUGGCCUUCAACUUUGGCAGCCGGCCGCUCAGGUACCCGGUGGACGGAUACCUGCCCCUCCAGAACCCUCCGGCCGCAGACCUGAUGAAGGCUCACAAGCUGCUUGGAUACAUCAAGAACGUUCUGUCUACCUCCAUCGACGCUCAGGAGGAAAGGCUGGUGGAGAAGGACUGUGCAGCUUGGAAGCUUCAUGGAGACCCGACCAUCCUCAUCACUCUGGCUCACAUCUUCAACCACUUCGCUCCUCUCAUGUGUAAAGUUUACCUGGUGGAGGAUGUUCUCAUGAACUUCCUGUUGGGGAUCCUGGAGGGAGGCGGUUCAGUGGACGAACAUCCGCUGAUCCAGCAGCUGCUCAACCUCUUCUGGCUGCUCAUGGAGGACUACGAGGUGAAUGAGUGUCUGAAGCAGCUGAUGAUGUCUCUGCUCAGAGCCUACAGAUUCUCUCCCAUCAUCCCAGAUCUGGGUUUCCAGAUCCACUACCUGCGUCUGACCACCGCCAUCCUUCGCCAUGAGAAAUCCAGGAAGUACCUGUUGAACAACGUUUUGUUCGAUGUCCUUCGUUCCGUCGUCUUCUUUUACAUCAAGACUCCUCUGAGGGUGAAGGAGGCGGGGCUAGAGGAGCUCAUCCCCACCACCUGGUGGCCGACGCACUUCGACAAGGAGGGUAAAGACGAGCGAGAACCCAAAGACGAGAGUGCAGAUGAACGUCUGAGGCGUCGAGCCUAUGAGAGGGGCUGCCAGAGGCUGAAGAAGAGGAUCGAAGUGGUGGAAGAGCUGCAGGUUCAGAUCCUGAGGCUGCUGCUCAACAACAAGGACAAAACGACGGGAGAAGCUUCUCGCUACAUUUUCCUCAACAAGUUCAGGAAAUUUCUGCAGGAAAAUGCCAGCAACAGAGGGCACCCCACAGCUUUGUGUCCUCCAGAAUACAUGGUGUGUUUCCUCCAUCGCCUCAUCACCGCCGUCAGAGCCUGCUGGGACGAAGGCAGCCGCAAGACGGCUGCCGGCUUCAGCAGCGACGACGCCUACGUCCCCCCCCAGCUCUUCUACAAUGGGAAGGUGGACUACUUUGAUCUGCAGAGACUCGGGGGGCUGCUGUCCCAUCUGAAGAAGACCCUCAAAGAUGAUUUGGCUGGAAAAGCCAACAUCAUCAUCGAUCCUGCAGAGAUUCAGGCCACGUCUAUGGACGACCUGGACGAGGAUGAGGAGAGCGGAGCUGCUCAGAGGCCGUUUGGCGCAGCGGCGAUGGGCGGAGCUCUGGCGAGACCCAGCUGGCUGAGUUCUCCCACUCUGGGUCGGGCCAACCGGUUCCUAAGCACCGCCGCUGUCAGCCUGAUGACACCCAGGCGCCCCCUGACCCAGCCAGAGAAGGUGAAGGUCCGGACGCUGGCCGUGGAACAGCGAACCGAGGAGGACAACACUCGAACCACACGAACCAAAGAGGACCUCAGUGAUCGGUUUGACGAGCUGCUGGUGUGUGAGCUCGUCAUUGUCAGACUGUGGAGCAGAGCAGAGAUGCUGAAAAGGCUCUUCAGAGCUUCAGAGCUUCAGAGCUUCAGAGGCUCCAUGGUGGUGGUUUCAGAUGACGUCCACGAGUACGCCGUGGCUCUGAAGGACACGGAGGAGAAGAUCGCUCGCUGUCCUGCCAGGAGAGCCGACAUCCUGGAGGAGCUCCAGAAGAGCCAGAAGGUGUUUGCAGAGAAGCUGAACCACCUGAGCAGGAGGCUGGCCUGGAUCAACGCCACCAUCUACUCCAAGGAGAAGAUGCUGGAUGUCUACUGGCUGCUGUGUGUUUGCAUCCGGACCAUUGAGCACGCCGACAGCACCGGCUCUCUGUUCGCCUUCGCUCCAGAGUUCUACCUCAACGUGGCCAUGAACGCCUACAGCGCCCUGAAGAACUACUUCAGCCCGGCCAACAGCAUGGAGGAGCUCCCAGGCUACGAGGAAACCUUGACCCAGCUCGCUGCCAUCCUCGCCAAGCACUUUGCGGACCCUCGCAUCGUCGGAACCGAUAUCAAGGACUCUCUGAUGCAGGCGCUCGCCAGCUACGUCUGUUACCCACAAUCCCUCAGGGCCGUGGAGAGGAUCCCCGAGGAGCAGCGAGUGGCCAUGAUGAGGAACCUUCUGGCUCCGUAUGAACAGAGACCCUGGGCUCAGACCAACUGGAUCCUGGUCCGACUGUGGAGGGGUUGUGGUUUUGGCUACAGAUACACUCGACUCCCUCACCUGCUGAAAACCAAACCUGAAGAUGCAAACCUGCCCAGUCUGCAGAAGCCCUGUCCGUCACUGCUGCUGCAGAGGCACAUGGCCGAGCUGCUGAGUCUGGACAAAGACAUGGCCGCCUCCUUCCUCAACAGCGUCCUGAACCAGCUCAACUGGGCCUUCUCCGAGUUCAUCGGCAUGAUCCAGGAGAUCCAGCAGGCAGCAGAACGUCCAGAGAGGAACUUCGUGGACACUCGUCAGCUGAAGGUGUGUGCGACCUGCUUUGACCUGUCCGUCAGCCUGCUGCGGGUGCUGGAGAUGACCGUCACUCUGGUACCAGAGAUCUUUCUGGACUGGUCCCGGCCCUCUGCGGAGCUGCUGCUGCGACGACUUGCUCAGCUGCUGAACCAGGUGCUGAACCGAGUCACGGCCGAGAAGAACCUGUUUGACCGAGUCGUCAACCUCCGACUGCCAGGUCUGGAGAGCGUCGAUCACUAUCCCAUCCUGGUCGCCGUCACCGGCAUCCUGGUCCGAAUCCUGGUGGACGGAGACCGACAGGGGGUUUCUCGUGCUGCCUCCGUCCUGCUGUCCGACCCCUGUUUCCAGCUUCACUCCAUCCAGCACCUUCUGGGGGAGGCAGGAGAUUCCUCUGGUUCCUCCGGUUCCUCCAGUUCUUCUGGUUCUUCUGCCGCUGUCGGCGCCCGUCCAGCUGUUGGGUCUUUGGGUUCGUCCGUGGCUCCUCCCAUCUCUGCAGCUGGAAACUCGUCAGAGCGAAAACACUUCUCGCUGCACGCAUACACCGACUACAUCAGUGAGGAGGAGAAGCAGAAGGUGCAGCGGAUGUUGGCGUUUCUCACCGAAGAAUCCAAGCAGGCUGCAGCCAGCACCGCGCCAACCAGCGAGGAGGAUCUCUGCCCCAUCUGCUACGCCCACUCCAUCUCAGCCGUCUUCAAGCCCUGCUCCCACAAGUCCUGCAAAGCCUGCAUCAACCAGCAUCUGAUGAACAACAAGGACUGUUUCUUCUGCAAAGCCACCAUCACAGGUGUGGAGGACUACAGCAAACCCGCCGCCUCCUAACGCCGACGUGUUCUAGAAGAAACCUGCCAGACGUCAGACCUCCGAUCAGUGAACCCAGAGACCGUCACAGGUCUGAAACACACCAGGUCUUCUCUUUAGAACGCAGAACGUCCUCCUGCAACACUCUGGUGUGUUCAGGGCGACAACAUCCACUCAGUCUCUUUGUUUCUGUUGUGAAGCAGCUUCAUGUGUUCUUUAAAUAAACUGCCUCAGAAGAAGCUGCUGUUAGAAUCCAGUUCAGACACAGCUUCACCUGCACUCAGCGUUUUCAUGCCGGUUCCUGUGAAGACUGGUCCACAAAUAGAAAAGAAAUGAAAAGCUCUUUAAGUUAUUGCAGCUGUGAGACACUCCAAAGCAAACUUUCUGGGCAUGUUUUGCUUCUAUGACGUGUCCUCUUUCUGAGCAGUGGAAAGAAAACAUCCAAACUACACAUGAAGAUGUUCGUCUGAACUUCACCUGUUGGACAUUGAUGGUUUGUUGUUCUUGUGUCAGUCAGAAGCUGAAGUUUAACAAAACAUAUGUUUGAAGCUGAGCUCUGAUCCAGAAGUCUCCACUCCAGCAGCUCUUCACCAAAUGUUCACUUUUAUUCCCGUCUGGAUCUGAUUGUGUUCAUGUCUCAUUCACACCUGAAACAUUCAACAUUUUAUUUUCACAAUAUAUAAAUGAAUAAAAUUGGAACGUUUAGUGAUUCGGCCUGCAGGUGUCUCGGUGCUUAGCACCGUGGCCUCACAGCUAGAAGGUCGCCGGUUGGCGUCCCGGU